GUGUGUGUGAAAAUAGUGAGAAAAGAGCCGUAGCUCAUAGUUAGAAAGAAAGAGAGAGUUUUGUAGUGCGGUAGCACUUUUGUAUGAGUGUAUUUUGUCAUUUCUUUUUAAUGAGAAGUUUUUAAUCUCAUUUAUCCUUCCAUACUUCAUCUUUGUAGAGUGCUUCUAUAUUUUGUGUGUCAAAUACUCCAACAGUCCUCUUCUCGGCAGUCUCUACUGUUUCAAGAUUCCUCCUCUCGGCAACCUCUAGGAUUUGGGACGUCCUCUUCUCGGCAGCCUCUACUGUUUCAAGAUUCAUCCCCUCGGCAGCCUGGGGCUUCCUCCUCUCGGCAGCCUAUAGGGUUUACAAAUCCUACUAAUGGCUCUUUCACUUCUAGGUUUCCGACCUCUAACCUUCCGUAUCUUGAAGAGUUUGGAGGAAACGAUUACAGCCUAUGGAACCGCGUCCCUCUCCUCUGACACAGCCCGGGUGCCACACUCCUAUCCUCUGACGCAGACUGUGGAGCCACACUCCUCUCCUCUGAUUCAGCACGUGGAGCCUCGCUCCUCUCCUGUGUCUCUGCACGAGGAGCUACAGUCCUCUCCUGCGUCUCAGCACGAGGUGUCACGGGCCUCUUCUCCAUCACAGCCUGAGGAGCUACGUGCCUCUUCUUCAUCACAGCCCGAGGACCGAUGCGCCUCUCCUCCGUCACAGCUAUCUCUGAUUCGCCACAUUCCUAUGUGGCCGCUGCUGAAGUUGACAUUGCCGGUCCGCCGUUGUGCGAAGCGGGCAUGGGAUGUGUUGGACUGGUGUAUCGGGGUGAACAAGCGUCAGAAGCCCGACCCUUGAUGCUGACCUGAAGUCUCUUUUGAAGACAAUUUUGAUGUAUCGGUAGUAGCAUUUUUGUACUAGCUUGUACUUGAAUUUGUUCGAAAUGAAAUUGUAAAGUCUAUCCCAAAUUUCA